UGUUGUGUUGUUGUGUUGUUGUGUGUUUGUUGUGUUGUUGUGUUGUUGUUGUGUUGUUGUUGUCCAGUUCAUCCACGGCUGGCUCAUCCUGUCCUCCCUCAUGCUGCUCUUCUGGUUCAGCUUCAUGUACCUCGGCGAGGUGUUCAAGACGUACAACGUGGCGGUGGACUACCCCACGGUGGGCGUGGUGAUCUGGAACUUCGGGGCGGUGGGGAUGAUCUGCAUCCACUGGAAGGGGCCGCUGGCCCUGCAGCAGGCCUACCUGAUCCUCAUCAGCGCCCUCAUGGCCCUGGUCUUCAUCAAGUACCUCCCCGAGUGGUCCGCCUGGGUCAUCCUGGGGGCCAUCUCCGUGUACGACCUGGUGGCCGUCCUGUCCCCUAAAGGUCCUCUCCGCAUGUUGGUGGAGACGGCGCAGGAACGCAACGAGCCCAUCUUCCCCGCCCUCAUCUACUCCUGUGAGUUAGAAACAAGCU